AAUAGGAAUUGUUCCUGGAACUCGGGGUGAAAGUUGACUAAAACAUGUGGUUAGACAUGGCUGCGCCCUGAUGCCAUAAAGGACCGUGACUGGUGAACGGAACAUAAAUUAUAAUAGUUGUAUAGUAUAUUUACAGAUUCGACCGUGGAUCAUGGCAGACGAUGCAAUGUCCGUUAAAGACUCUACCCGGGUUCAGACAUCGUCCAGGUCAAUGGUUAUAGAAAUGCUGACUAGAAAGUUUGAAAGGCUACCUGAUCUCGACAGGCAACUGUUUACAUACGGCCCCGUGUAUUUGGCUGGCAACGCUGGUUUUGCAGGCUUGAUUGCCAACAGCCUUUACCGACGUGCACUCAAUGUCACCCAAGGACGAUUUACUUCCAGUCUUCCUAUGGCCGUUCUUCCUUUUUUGACAACAGCAGCACUGUACACUGCUACCGUCACAAGUCCUUUAAUGUCAGGUGACUUGAACUGCCCAACAUGCACCCUGAUAAGAGGAGCAUUGGUGGGUGUGGUUGGUGGGGGCAUAUAUCCCAUUUUAUUAGCCUUACCUGUCACCGCUGGACUUGCAGCCAGGUAUAAUAGUGCACCAAUGCCAGAGAAGGGUAACGUCUUGCGCUUCUGGAUGAACCUCAGCAAACCCAUUGUACGAAAAAUGUAUGCUGUUCUGUUGCUUCAGGGUUUGUUUGGAACCUACUUGAGCUCAAAGCACUUUGACAUAUACCUAAAAAUGCUAAAAAUACCCGAUUCAGACAGUGAAGAUCUUCACGAUUAGUUAACGCUGACACUUAUGCAUUGUAAAUAUGUUGUUUAUCAAGUUAAAGAACUUCAAAUAAAUGUUGUAACCCUG